CUGAGAAACAUAACAGUUUUAUUUAACAGUUUUAUUUAACAGUUUUAUUUAACUGAUGAUCCAGUGCAGUACGUCAUGCUGUCUUAUUAGCUUUGUGCGAACAGACUGUUUGGAAACCAAAGGGAUACUUAAGGAUCAUGUCUGUUUUCUGGACUUUCUUUGCGGUUCUCCUUGUUAAUUUAAUGGUGCAGAAGAGUUGUGCUACUGUGAUCUAUGUAAAAGUCGGAGACUCGGUUGUCCUACAUCCAGGCCAGAGUUUUGAUGUCAUCACUUCCAUUGGCUGGGGGAAUGAAGUGACCCCUGUCUUGGAGUGGUUUGGACAGGACAUUACUUUUUACAAAAGUUUUAAAGGUCGCAGUGACAUGGAGAAAACAACAGGAAGUUUGAUCAUCCACAACCUGACAUUAGAGGACACCGGCCGUUACACACCUGAGAUUAACAACAUGGUUCUUAACCCAGUGAUACUCAACGUCAUCGAACCGGUCCCAAAACCUAUGGUGCUCUUAAAAUGCAACGAUCAGAAAACACUCUGUGACCUCACCUGUAAAGCCAACAUCAGUCCUAAGUUUGGACCCGUCACGUAUAAAUGGGAAGCAGAAAACAAGGUGGUGUCCAGUGAUAGUCAUCUGAGCUUAACAGAGAAAAAUCUAAGUCGUGCUUACACUUGCAAGGUGAAAAACCCUGUUAGCACCUCGUCCAGCGAUGAGGUGGCUACCCCCAUUACUAGAGGGGUUCAUCCUGCAGCAGUGGUGGUACCGGUUGUGCUUCUGGUCCUGGGUCUGGUUGUGGCUGGUGGCUAUUUUAAGCACAGGAAAGAGCAAAAACAAGCACAGACUGUUGAAGAAGCCCAUGACGACAGGUCUAUGAGCCUGAAAACCAUGAAGGAAAGUGAAAUAAGUUUGGAAAGUGUUGAAAGUGGAUUGUUCUCUCCUGCAAUGAAGUCUAGACAAGGACACCUUUCUCUCCAGGAUGAUGAAGAAAAAAGCCAGGAACUUCAAACGAUCACUGAACUCUAAUUUCAUCAGAGAUGCAUUGAAUCGAGCAAAUCACCUCUUGAGCUUUUUCUUUGUAACAUCACAACAAACAAAAUGCAGUAGUAGUAGUUUCUAUUGGUUGUUGAGUAACAACAAUACCUUUACACCACAAAGAAUGGUGUUUAUUCAAGUUUUCUCAUUUAAACAUGUUGAGUUAGAAGCAUAUUUAAUAAACUAGUGGCAAAGCAA